ACAAGCGAAGAAGAUGCGACGACCGUCCUCAAAUAAAAGAUGCUACACCGCGUUUAAUGGCCACUUUUAGUUAAGAGGUCAGCUUAGCCACUGCAACGAUUAUAUAUAAUUGUGUGGCAUGAUUACGCAUAAUUUUGGUAUACGGCGCCUAUAUAACGGCCUUUGUGUAUUUGGCGCAUCUAUAUACUUUAUGAUCUUUCUAACAUAGUUCUUGUUACUGCAGUCUAGAUUCAUAGCUUAUAUUAAUACGAACCGCGAUGUCCACUUUCGUAGCAAAUCCACCAUCAAGUCACAUUUUCGAGUCGCUUGUUCCGUACUACGCAGAGGCAUUGUUGGGCGCUCAAAACAACAACACCGCCGGUGAAGAGAUAAGCCACCCGAACGGUCACAGCGUCACUAACGGCGUCUGGGUUCUGCUGGUUGGAACACUUCUGUGGUCGUAUAUACUACUUGUUAUUUUAGCAAAGAAGCCGAAAUGUGACUGUACAGCGCGCUUGGAUGGCAAAACGGUUGUAAUUACUGGUGCAACGGAUGGAGUCGGGAAGGCAACUGCGUUUGAACUUGCAAGUCGAGGUGCUGAAAUUGUGAUACCGUGUCGUAAUGCUGAGAAAGGUCGUCGUGUGGCACGCGAGAUUGCUGAUAUCACAGGAAACCACAAAAUCCAAGUCGUUUACGUAGAUUUCACAAAUCUCGAAUCUGUUAAAGUUUGCACACAGAUAUUAAAAAAAUCCCUAAAAAAAGUCGACAUUCUUAUCAAUAAUGCAGGUAUUGGAAACGGCGUUGGGACAACUUUGGACGGAUUUCCGCUCGUGUUUGGGGUAAACCACUUGGCGCCAUUUUUGUUCACCACCGAGUUACUCCCAUUACUGAGGAAGGCGCCUACCGCAAGAAUAGUUUGUGUGUCUUCCGUCACUCAUUUGUGGGGAAACAUUAACUUUGAUGAACUCCAAGAUUUGGAUGGCGGAUCUCUUCCAUCUCAAUUCCGGGCUUACUCCAGAAGCAAACUGGCAAACGUACUUUUCGCAAAGCAGCUACACCGGAAUGAAAGUCAGCAUGGCAUCAGCACUUAUAUUGCUCAUCCAGGGUGGACGUUUACAGCAAUAUUCCGCGAUAGUCCUGUAUUGGCAAAACUUUUAUUAUUUCCAUUGCUUUAUUUGUUUCUUUACACACCAGCGCAAGGUGCACAGACACAAAUUCACCUGGCACUUGCGCCAGGAAUCGAGUCGAGUAGCGGAAAUUAUUUCGUUUCCUGCAAACCAGCACGAACUGGGAAAUCUGCUAAGGACAUCGAACUCGCUUCGAAUCUCUGGUCGUACAGUGAGAAGGCCGUAGCAUCCGCGCUUAAUCAGAGCGUAGGAUAUUGUACUUCUAUCUAAUUUUUAGCUUUUACGUUACACUUCAC